AUUAAAUUAAAAUUUAGUGAGCAGUUCCCACUCUCACUAAUAUCUACCAAAACUCAAAAAUUGAUAUUUGAGUUUAGCGCCUUCUCCCGCUUUUGAUCCGCGCAGGGAUCAAAAUAGAGAUACUCAAUAGGAUUUGGGACUCAAAAUUUCAAAAUUUAAAUAAAUCCAACCUUAGAAAUAUUGAAUAUUCCCCAAAAUCCAAAAACGAAAAAAGAGCACCAAUCUUUGCCCAACCGCGCAAACUCAUAAUUAUUGGCCCCCAAAUAAUAAACAAUAUUAAUAAAAUAAAAAUAAAAAUAAAAACAAAAACAAAAACGAAAAAUGGCGCUUUAUUUCGGUUGUAAUAACUCCCUCGCUCUCUGAGUCCCACCCAAACAGUAUAUGCAAAGCAAAAAAAAUUAAAAACGAAAACAAAAAAGAAUAAAAAUAUAUAAACCAAUUCCCUCCAGUUUGGGGCUGAAAUCUCCAGCUAAGAACUCCACUUCCUUCGAGUUCCAAAUCCCAUUUUGUUUCGUUCACCUUUUUGGUCUCAACUCAAACCCAUCGUCAUGGCGGAGCAACCCCAGAGCGUGCGCGUCACGCGGUCUGCUAAUAAAAGGUCUGCGGCAGCGGCCUCCUUGACCCACGACGACGGUGACCGCCCAUCGGCUAAGAUAAAAAAGCGCGUCGUUUUGGGUGAGCUCACCAACUUGUCAAAUGUCGUUUCUUCCGGGGUUGAUCCCCAAAAGCCCAAACGCGUUACCAAAACAAAGAAGCUUAAGAAGGAGGUACCCACCGACGCCGCCGCCGCCACCACCACCACCACCGACGCCACCGGUGAAGAAGGUAAUGGGAAUUCCAAUCGUGAACCGACGUUGGAUGAUCCACGAAUGUGCGUUCCUUAUGUCUCUGACAUUUACGCGUAUCUUAAAGAAAUUGAGGUUGAUCCAAACAGACGACCUCUACCUGAUUACAUGGAGAAAGUUCAGAAGGACAUUACUGCUGGUAUGAGGGGAAUUUUGGUUGAUUGGCUAGUGGAAGUUGCAGAGGAAUACAGGCUACUUUCCGAUACUUUGUUCCUCACCAUUUCAUUCAUCGAUAGAUUUUUAUCAAUGAAGACUCUGGAUCGCCAAAGUCUUCAGUUAUUGGGCGUUUCUUCAAUGCUGAUAGCCUCAAGAAAGUAUGAAGAGAUUGGCCCUCCACACGUUGAAGAUUUUUGUUAUAUAACGGAUAAUACUUACACUAUGGAAGAGGUGGUGAAGAUGGAAAGUGAUGUACUCAAGUCUUUGAAGUUUGAAUUGGGCAGUCCUACCAUAAAGACAUUUGUAAGGAGAUUUAUUAACAUUGCCCAGGAAAGUAACAAACCUCCAAAUUUACAUUUGGAAUUUCUUUGUUACUAUCUUGCCGAGCUAAGUUUGUUGGAGUAUCACUGUGUGAAAUUCUUGCCUUCUUUGGUGGCAGCAUCUGUUAUAUUUCUUGCGAGAUUCAUAAUCAAGCCAAAGGUGCUUCCUUGGCAGACAUUCUCUCUGCAGAAUCAUUCAAGAUACACACCACCUGAAUUAAAGCAAUGUGUUCUUAUUAUACAUGACUUGUAUCUAAGUAGAAGAGGAGGGUCUUAUCAAGCUUCAAGAAGGAAAUACAAGCAACAUAAGUUUAAAUCCGUGGCAAUCAUGCCUUCUCCUCCAGAGAUACCAGUUCACUAUUUUGGAGAUAUUAGACAAUGUUAGAGAAGGUGAUUUUUGGAUGACUUGGGUUUGUCAAUAGAAGUUGAUUUUGUUUGAUCUAGACUGGUUGGAAUAGGCUGCUAUGACGUUGCUCACAAUAAUGAUUGUGAAGCUGGGAAAUCUCUACAAACUUUUGUAGUGGGAUUGCGUAUAUAUUAUAGUUCUUAGUUAUUCUUUUGAGGUGGAGUUGUUUUCUCACGUUGACAACAACAUUUUGGGAUGACAUUGGUUCCUUUCGGUUGGAAUGAUGUAUUCGUAUAGUUUGGGACAUGAAAAUUCUUGAUGAAGCAGUUAGCCCUUUUAUAUUGUCUCGCAGCGCUUCUGUUUUUUUUUAAAGCAAUGUCAAUAGUUUCUGAAAUACGACUUUAAUGACAGGAAACUGGUGUAAGGUUCAUUUUUUUUUUCCUUUUCAUGUAUAUUAACAUUUGUCCUAUUUGGGCCAAGAAUUCUAAUUUUCCUCUAGCAAUUC